CAAGUUGGCCUCUUGGAUUUCACCAACUGGUGAGGCAACGCUCAAAACUUCAACCUUGACGAGCAUGUCAUCGGAUCCAAAACCGACUUCACUACGAGAUCUGUACACUCAACCAGUGCAGUCUUGGAACUUUCCUCAACAAACCAACCAUACCGGACCACCUUCUGCGUCACCUCCAAUGCCGAGUUCUUCCACCUCUUUUUCAUCAACCAGUAAUGCAAACUUGAAUUCACGAGUCGACACGUUAAAGUGGGGAACAUCCAACCCUGCUGGACGCCCUUAUGCUGGUGCAGGAAAUUCGUCCUUUAUUGGAGCCGCACCGUCCACUUACACUGGCAGCUCGUAUGCGGCUGGUUCGUUCCCGUACGGAUAUGCAGGCUACGAUGGACCAGCAUACGGAUCACAUGCACCAAGAGUCGCCCUCAAAGCGUUGCUAGCUUCUGCGUUUUUACAGUAUACAACAACAGCUAUCGCCAUGCCUUGGGAGGUCGGUAAGGUUCUGUUGCAAGUUCAGUGGGUCCCAAAACGCAUAGAAGAUGCCCCUAUACCCGACUUUGAUCUAGAACUGGAGUUGGAGCUGGAGGAGGAAGAUGAUAAUGACGAACUGAGCGAAUCUUCUACCGAUGACUCUUAUUUUCACGACCCUACCUCCCCAACGCGCCAGACGCGUCAGGCACGUGCAAGACCUCUUUUGAAUACGAGGAAGAUGAGCGUUGUCACGUCAAACAAGAACUCAGAAGUACCCGUCACAUUAGGGUCUCUUUAUUCACACCCGACUCUUUUAUACCCCGCUUUGCUAGACAGCACCCUUCGACCACUUAUUUCACUUCUUAUGCCACGUAUAAUUGAAAAUAUGACGGGUGUUAGGAUCGGGGUGAAUGUCUGGAUGUAUCCGUUGUGCGAAUUUAUUGGUGGAGUGAUUGGACUCGGUAUCACGAUACCAAUAGAGACAAUCCGACGACGCCUCCAAGCGCAAGUCGCCGUCCACGGAUUACCAGAUGUCGAAAAUUCAAACCGUUCUAAAUCUUCCACGGCCAGUUAUGACGGUGACGAAAUGGUGUCUAGCUGCGUCCACCUUUCUCCUCGCCCUUAUACCGGCAUAUUCGACUGUCUAUGGAGAAUACUCACAGAAGAGCGUUCUCCUCCUCCUAAGCGUAAAAAAUCGAGCCGAAGGCCUUCUAUGCGCUCGGCUCGCGCAUCCAUGACGCCAAAAGCACGAAAAGGCAAGACCUCUAAACCUCGUCUAUCUGGUGGGCCGGGGAGUAAACGAGACGUGCGGUCUGUCUUUGAUGCUGAAAUUUCUGCCGCUGCGAGUACUAGCCACCGACCGAGGAUGCUCAGUGAAGAGAUGAGGAUGAGCGAGCGACGUGCUUCGCAACAACAUACUGCUCACUCUCCUCAAGGUGUUCCACAAGCCGAGGCUGGAGGUUCUUUGGGUGAAAAGGUCGAAAAGGAGAUUGAAAAGGCGAGAGCGGAGAUUGAGAGCGAGGGUAUUGAUGGGUGGCUGGAUAAUACGGGACUGGGGCAGCUGUACAGAGGCUUUGGGAUGGGCGUUGGUGCUCUUGCACUUGUGCUCGUUUUGGGCUUGAUCACGGGUGAGGAGCCAGAGGGAUGGGCAGAGAUCUAG